AGGUCACUCCCUCCUCCGGGCUGUCAGCAGUUGUUACCGCCGUUCAGGCUUCGCUCCGAACAAGUUCCGGUUUUUUGCCCUUUUUUAAUUUUAUUUUUUGUCAGGCUGCUCGGUUGUUGUUUUUCAACGAUUUACGGGGUUUUAAUAGUUUAGCAGCGACAGGGUGUUACGGCGGCUUUGGACCAGGGGAGCUGCCGUCUCGUCGGCCUGCAGUAAGGAGGAGAAGGGGGGUAAAAUGACCAGCUGAGGACUGGAGCUCUUCAACACCACGGGGCCUGUUUGGGUUUUAUAUUUAAUGAUUGAUCAAUGCUACCACAAUGGCGCUAAAGGCACAGGUUUUAUACGACUUCACAGCUGAGCCCGGAAACAAUGAGUUGACAGUGAGAGAAGGCGAGACAGUCACCAUCACCAACCAGGGUAUUGGAGGUGGCUGGAUUGAAGCACAGAAUACAAAAGGGGAAGUUGGACUGGUGCCUGAAGAUUACAUUGAUUUCGGCAAAGCAUUCCAAGGAGCAGGAACAACAGCACCUCCUGCAGCUGUAGGAAACGUUGCAGCCCCGGACCUGUCUUUCUUUGACACGUUUGCACCAUCAUCAGCCCCUGCACAGGUGGAUGCUGGGGCCUCGAGUGCCCUGCCGGACACCCCCGACACCCCGGUUUCCCCCUCCCUUUCGUCCCCUGAGGAGGCUAGUAAUGGCAAGGAUCCCUGGUCAGUGUGGAAUGCUGACCCCUCGGCGGGCUCCAACAACAACAACUGGGCGUCUAAUCCGGAGGGCACUCAGACUGGGAGGAGUGCUGCAGACCCGUGGGGUUCUGUAUCGCAGGGCCACCCUCAGGUGUACCAAGGUCCAGGGGCAGAGUUUGACGAGUGGGACGAUGAGUGGGAUGACAAGUCCACUGGCGGUUACGCAGAAUCAGAAUUGGGAGAAAGUGGAGCAAUGCAAAGAGGUGGAACGCAUUCAUCUUCAAUGAAAAUAUCCCUCAACAAGUUUCCAGGAUUCUCCAAGUCUGGUCCUGAGCUCUACCUUCUUAAUAAGCAGAUUUCAAAAGACAAAGAUAAGCUGCCAAUUUAUGUGGGAGAGGUUGGUCCUGUGUGGUCUUACCCAGAAAAUCAACUGGACUGUAUUGUAGCCGAUCCUAAGAAAGGCUCGAAGAUGUACGGCCUCAAGAGUUACAUCGAGUACCAAAUCACACCCAACACCACAAACCGCCCAGUCAAUCAUAGAUACAAGCACUUUGAUUGGCUGUACGAGAGGCUACUGGACAAAUUUGGGUCGGCCAUCCCCAUCCCCUCCUUACCAGACAAGCAGGUGACAGGCCGCUUUGAGGAGGAGUUUAUUAAGAUGCGUAUGGAGCGUCUGCAGGGUUGGGUGAUCAGGAUGUGCAGACACCCUGUCGUUUCUAGCAGCGAAGUAUUUCAGCUUUUCCUCACGUACAAAGAUGAGAAGGACUGGAAGAUCGGGAAGAGAAAAGCGGAGAAAGAUGAGACCGUUGGAGUGAUGAUCUUCAACACAAUAGAGCCUGAAGCUCCGGAACUGGAUCCUUUAGAUGUGGAGAAGAAAUGUGAUCAGUUUAGCAGGUUUACCAAAUCCAUGGACGAUGGCGUGAAGGAAAUCCUCACGGUGGGAAACGAGCACUGGAAGAGAUGCACAGGACCUCUGCCAAAAGAAUACCAGAGAAUAGGAAAGGCCUUACAAAACCUGUCCUCUGUUUUCAACAAUAGUGGAUACCAAGGCGAGGCGACUCUCACUGAUGCUUUGACGGCGGCGGGGAAAACGUAUGAAGAGAUUGCCCAGUUGGUGGCAGAGCAGCCCAAAAAAGACCUUCACUUCCUCAUGGAGACCAACAAUGAAUACAAAGGUCUUCUCGGAUGCUUCCCUGACACCAUUGGGGUCCAUAAGGCAGCCAUAGACAAGGUGAAGGAAGGGGACAAGCUAGUGGCCACCAAUAAAAUCACCACUCAGGACAAAGGCAUCAUGGCCAAACGUCUCAGCACGAUGUCUUAUGCCUUACAAGCUGAGAUGAACCACUUCCACAGCAACCGAAUCUAUGACUACAACAGGGUCAUGCAGUUGUACCUGGAGGAGCAAGUCAAGUUUUACGAGACGAUUGCUGCAAAGCUGAGACAAGCGCACAGUCAGUUCACUACAAUGUGACAGCAGUCUCACACUACAAGACGAGAAGAUAAAGCAAUCCAAAACGUUUUCUGCUUGUCUCGCAUUUACGCUGUCCCCAAUAUAAAUUUCACUUCUUCUUUUCCUUCAUGCUGACCUCAUCUUUUCUUUUUCUUCACAUGCCAACAGUUGCAGCUCUUGCCCUUACUUAACUCCGC